AUUACUUGGCGCAAAAUAGGAGAGAGAAAAUCUUUCUUAAAUUUCUUCCACCAGAGACAGAAAUACAAUACUCAGAGAGGGACCCACUUACAACGAAGGAGAGAGAGAAAAUUUCAAGAAAACCCAAAAAAAAAUUAAAAGAAAGAACCCUAAUUUUCUCUCUCUCUCCUCUUGAAUUUUCAAAUUUCAAUAACGAUUCGCAUACCCUUUUUUUCAAUUUUAAAAACCCAAUAAUUUCAACCGAAUAUCAUGAACUUUUUUGUCCGAAAAAUUUGAUCUUGGAACCCUAGAAAAAAGGUUUCCCCCAAAUUGAUUUGAUUUGAUAAAAAAAAGAUGAGUUCUCAAGUUGUACCACCGCCACCUCUUAGAAGAAAUAGUUUGAAUCAGAAAAGACCACAAACGGUUAAAAAAUCAACGCAACCUGUUGAAAAUGGUGGCACAAAUACUUCUUCAAAGCCUACUUCACCUCCGUCAUCUGUGGUGGGAGGAGAGAGAACGGUGAAGAAGUUGAGGUUGUCGAAGGCAUUAACGAUUCCGGAGGGAACUUCGGUGUCGGAUGCGUGUCGAAGGAUGGCGGCUCGUCGUGUUGAUGCUGUUUUGUUGACUGAUUCUAAUGCAUUGUUGUCUGGGAUUGUUACUGAUAAGGAUAUUGCUACUAGGGUUAUAGCGGAGGAGUUGAGGCCGGAACAGACUCUUGUGUCGAAAAUCAUGACGAGGAAUCCGAUAUUUGUGACUGCGGAUACAUUAGCUAUUGAGGCCCUUCAGAAGAUGGUUCAAGGAAAAUUCAGGCAUCUUCCUGUUGUAGAAAAUGGUGAAGUGAUUGCUUUGUUGGAUAUCACGAAGUGUUUGUAUGAUGCCAUUUCAAGAAUGGAGAAAGCUGCCGAGCAGGGUAGUGCUAUUGCUGCUGCAGUUGAGGGAGUCGAGCGUCAGAUGGGAAAUAAUUUUAGUGCUCCUGCGGCGUUUAUUGAGACAUUAAGAGAACGGAUGUUUAAGCCUUCUUUGUCAACUAUCAUUACUGAAAACAUGAAGGUAGCAACAGUCUCACCAUCAGACCCCGUUUAUGUUGCUGCAAAGAAGAUGCGGGACUUUCGUGUGAAUUCAGUAGUCAUAACAAGUGUGACCAAAGUUCUUGGGAUCCUGACGUCAAAGGAUUUACUCAUGCGAGUUGUAGCACAGAACCUAUCACCUGAGCUAACUUUAGUGGAAAAGGUGAUGACACCCAAUCCUGAAUGUGUGAAUGUGGAUUCAACAAUCCUUGAAGCGCUGCACAUAAUGCACGAUGGAAAAUUCCUUCAUCUUCCUGUUAUGGAGAAAGAUGGAUCUAUUGCUGCUUGUGUUGAUGUUUUAAUGCUGACUCAUGCUGCUAUAUCCAUGGUUGAGAGUAGCUCUGGAACUAUGAAUGAGAUGGCAAACACAAUGAUGCAAAGAUUUUGGGACUCGGCACUUGCACUAGAGCCACCAGAUGAUUCGGAUACCCAUAGUGAAAUGUCAGCUGCGCUAAUGAAUUCUGAAGGAACAGACUUGGGAAAAUAUCCAUCUCUUGGUCUUGGAAGCUCAUUUUCAUUUAAAUUUGAGGACCCUAAAGGCCGUGUUCAUCGAUUUAAUUUUGCAACUGAGAAUUUGGAUGAGCUUGUAUCUGCUGUUAUGCAAAGAAUAGGGUCUAGUGACAGCGCCAACCGUCCACAAUUAUUAUACGAAGAUGAUGAAGGUGAUAAAAUAUUGCUCACAUGUGAUUCUGAUCUCAUUGGUGCUGCUCUUCAUGCUAGAUCAGUAGACCAAAAGGUUAUAAGGUUGUUCCUGGAGUUCCCUGAAGCUGCCGAGCAAACAAGUUCCGAGACUAGUGCUGUUGAUAUUGUUGAGAGAUCAGGAUGGACAUUGUUUCAUUCAGGGAUUUUCGCAGGUGCAGUGGUACUGACAGCUGUUGGUGUCGUCGUCUAUUUGAAGCGUGCAAAACACUGAGAUCUCACUUGAUAUCAAUGAGGCUGUGAAAGUUUGGCGUCCUAACAUAAUUACCAUACUUUUAGUUCCAAGGCUCAAACUGAGCUUGGUGUAGAAACGAAAUGAUGCUUUGGCUUCAGUGGAUGCUCUGCUUUUUUUUUUUGCUGGGAAAUGGUUAGAUUUCCUAAACAUAAUGUGGUAUGCAUAAAAUUUUGUUCGUCUGUUGGGGCCAAAGCCGACAUUUAGACUCCCCCAUAUUCUGUAAAUUGAUAUAUACAGAGCAAACAAGAAAAGUUUGGAUCUUCUCAUAA